GCCAAGUAUAAAUCUGCGUUUGAUUGCGGGGAGGAACAUCGAACAAUCCACCAGCAAGUCCGGACCAGAGAAGCGUGCAUGACAGCCCGGCUCAAAGUCGACCAACGGACGGACAAAAAGUGCCUGGAUAAAAUCUACAGCUAAAACCAGCUCGAUUCCAGCAGGUGUGAAUAAUAUCCAGGCCAACGGAGAAGGGGGGAAAAAUGAAGAUUCUCAGCCUCAACUUCCUCACCUGCGCGGUGAAGACAUGCCGAGCAUCGUCAAACUCGUUCCCUCUCCACCCUAAGGACGCCGAGCUGGUGCAGGACGACGUGGAGCUCAACGCCCAGCUCCUGGUCAAUAUCCUGCCGAGGAUCGACUGGCCUGCGCUUUGCACCACCGCAACCGAGCUCGGAUUCCCUGCCCUCCCACCGCAGCCGCCGACGGCGGAGGCGCUCAAGGCGGACGAGAAGAUGCUCAAGGACCUGCACAACCUGCUCAUCCAGACCCAGAUCAACCAGGGGAAGCUGGUGUGCUCCAACUGCAAUCACGAGUACGCCAUCCGGGAGGGGAUAGCAAACUUCCUGCUCCCCAGUCAUCUCGUCUGAACUGAAGGGGCGGACGUGUCCGGGUCUUAGGGAACACUUGCAUGUUUGAAUUCAUCUUGGAGUUCUGGUUCUGGCUUAAGGGAGGAAAAUAAAAGAAUGGACAUCGCCGACCGGUAAAUGAAUGUGCACGAUGGCAUGUUGACCAAGGAAACGAGAGCAAACUACAGUGGGUAAUGGUCCAUGGCACCUUGAUACACUGUCGCAAUUUGACGAUACCCAUAUAACAAAAUCACUCGAGAUGGCGAGCAGAAUUACCGACCGACAUGAUCGCUCUGUACUCUGAAUAUGCAUAAAAAAACAAGCCCAUAACUCCCUAUCC